AGCCGUCUCCACCACCUUUGCUGCCAGUGGCUGAAGCCAGAAAAGCACACGAAAGCUCAGAUGCUGGACCUGGUGGUCCUGGAGAAGUUCCUGGCUGUCCUGCGCCCAGAGAUGGAGAGCUGGGUCAGAGAAUGUGGAGCGGAGACCAGUUCCCAGGCGGUGGCCCUGGCAGAAGGCUUCCUCCUGAGUCAGGCAGAAGACAAAGAGCAGGUCCAGGGGAUGUUGGCCAGAGCACCCACAGAUUUCCCUGAGGCAGAGAAGGCUUCACUGGGCACCACACGGAGGCCGCUGGACGGGCGAAUCUUGCAGGAGGGGGACGGAGGACCCUCCUCACUGGGUAAGGAUUUGUGGGACGUCUCUCCCCAUGACCUCCCUCACACAAUUACGCCUGAGUUCAACUCACAACUUAACUUGCAUCAAAGAACUCACACUGGGGAGAAGCCCUAUAAAUGCUUUGAGUGCGGGAAGAGCUUUGCUUGGUGCACAGACCUUAAGCGGCAUCAAAGAAUUCACACUGGGGAGAAGCCCUAUAAAUGCUUUGAGUGUGGGAAGAGCUUUACUCAGAGCAAAACCCUUAAGCAGCAUCAAAGAAUACACACUGGGGAGAAGCCCUAUAAAUGUUUAGAUUGCGGAGAGAGCUUUUCUCACAUCCCAAAACUUAUGCUGCAUAAAAGAAUUCACAGUGGGGAGAAGCCCUAUAAAUGCUCUGAGUGCGGGAAGAGCUUUGCUUGGUGCACAUACCUUAAGCGGCAUCAAAGAAUUCACACUGGGGAGAAGCCCUAUAAAUGCUUAGAGUGCGGGAAGAGCUUUGCUCACAGCUUAAACCAUAAGCGGCAUCAAAGAGCUCACACUGGCGAGAAGCCCUAUAAAUGCUUUGAGUGCGGGAAGAGCUUUGCUGACAGCUCAAACCUUAGGCAGCAUCAAAGAAUUCACACUGGGGAGAAGCCCUAUAAAUGUUUAGAUUGCGGAGAGAGCUUUGCUCGGAGCACAAGCCUUAAGUAUCAUCAAAGAAUUCACAGUGGGGAGAAGCCCUAUAAGUGCUUAGAGUGCGGAGAGAGCUUUGCUCACAACCCAAAACUUAAGCAGCAUCAAAGAAUACACACUGGGGAGAAGGCCUAUAAAUGUUUAGAUUGUGGAGAGAGCUUUGCUCGGAGCACAAGCCUUAAGUAUCAUCAAAGAAUUCACAGUGGGGAGAAGCCCUAUAAGUGCUUAGAGUGCGGAGAGAGCUUUGCUCACAACCCAAAACUUAAGCAACAUCAAAGAAUACACACUGGGGAGAAGGCCUAUAAAUGUUUAGAUUGUGGAGAGAGCUUUGCUCGGAGCACAAGCCUUAAGUAUCAUCAAAGAAUUCACACUGGGGAGAAGCCCUAUAAGUGCUUAGAGUGCGGAGAGAGCUUUGCUCACAACCCAAAACUUAAGCAGCAUCAAAGAAUACACACUGGGGAGAAGGCCUAUAAAUGUUUAGAUUGUGGAGAGAGCUUUGCUCGGAGCACCAGCCUUAAGUAUCAUCAAAGAAUUCACACUGGGGAGAAGCCCUAUAAGUUUCAAUGCUUAGUGUGUGAAAAACAAUUCACUUUCAACUCACAACUUAACUUGCAUCAAAGAAUUCACACUGGGGAGAAGCCCUAUAAAUGUUUAGAGUGCGGGAAGAGCUUUGCUCACAGCAGAAACCUUAAGCAUCAUCAAGGAAUUCACACUGGGGAGAAGCCCUAUAAAUGCUUAGAUUGCGGAAAGACCUUUGCUCACAGCACCCACCUUAAGCGGCAUCAAAGAAUUCACACUGGAGAGAAGCCCUAUAAGUGCUUUGAGUGUGGGAAGACCUUUGCUCAGAGCACAAACCUUAAGCUUCAUCAAAGAAUUCACACUGGGGAGAAGCCCUAUAAAUGCUUUGAGUGUGGGAAGACCUUUGCUAUGGGCGCACACCUUAAUCGGCAUCAAAGUAUUCACACUGGGGAGAAGCCGUGGAAAUGCUUAGAAUGCGGGAAGAGCUUUGCUCACAUCACAAACCUUAAGCUGCAUCAAAGAAUUCACACUAGGGAGAAGCCCUAUAAAUGCUUAGAAUGCGGGAAGAGCUUUGCUGACAGCAUCAGCCUUAAGCAGCAUCAACUAAUUCACACUGGGGAGAAGCGCUAUAAAUGCUUAGAAUGCGGGAAGAGCUUUGCUCACAAAAAAAGCCUUAAGCUGCAUCAAGGAAUUCACACUGGGGAGAAGCCCUAUAAAUGCUUAGAAUGCGGGAAGAGCUUUGUUCGGAGCUCAUGCCUUAAUCGGCAUCAAAGAAUUCACACUGGGGAGAAGCCCUAUAAAUGCUUAGAGUGUGGGAUGACCUUCGCUCAGAGCACAGUCCUUAAGCGGCAUCAAAGAAUUCACACUGGGGAGAAGCCUUAUAAAUGCUUAGAAUGCAGGAAGAGCUUUGCUCAGAGCACACAGCUUAAGCAGCAUCAACUAAUUCACACUGGGGAGAAGCGCUAUAAAUGCUUAGAAUGCGGGAAGAGCUUUGCUCACAAAAAAAGCCUUAAGCUGCAUCAAGGAAUUCACACUGGGGAGAAGCCCUAUAAAUGCUUAGAAUGCGGGAAGAGCUUUGUUCGGAGCUCAUGCCUUAAUCGGCAUCAAAGAAUUCACACUGGGGAGAAGCCCUAUAAAUGCUUAGAGUGUGGGAUGACCUUCGCUCAGAGCACAGUCCUUAAGCGGCAUCAAAGAAUUCACACUGGGGAGAAGCCUUAUAAAUGCUUAGAAUGCAGGAAGAGCUUUGCUCAGAGCACACAGCUUAAGCACCAUCAAGGAAUUCACACUGAGGAGAACCCCUAUAAAUGCUUAGAAUGUGGGAAGAGCUUUGUUCGGAUCUCAGGCCUUAAGCGUACGCAACAACUGGAACUGAUCCCACUAAACCGGGCAGACGGGGGCAUCGAACACCUCAGCUGGAGCUGUGCUAACAACAUCAUCAAGCCCCCAGCAGAGAGAAGCGAUUUUGUCCUCGAAGCGCGAUGCAAAAAGGUCACAGCGGAGGAGAAGUGGAUCAGGGGGCUGCAGAAGUAUGGCGAAGAGAAGUGA